AUGGGACACUCCCCGGAUUCUUCACCAGACAAUCCCAAGAAGAAAGACGACCCCCCACCUGCCACUAAAGGCGGCGAAUCAUCACAAGCACCACCACAGCCACCGCCAACACUAUAUCCACAAUACCCAAAUCCGUAUGGCCCCGCCGCAUACCAACCCUACCAGCCUUACCCGCCGCCCCCAUACGGCCCUCCUUACACCCACAACGACUACUACUACCAGCAAUACUGUCGCAAUGAAUGCGAAAGCAGCGCCAAUUUCGCCCGCGUCCUUCUCAUCUUAAUGCUGCUCCUCGUCUCCACCAUCCUCACCAUGUCCUUCAUCAUGUGGUUCCUCUUCGGCGCCUCCGUCCCUGAAUUCCACGUCACCUCGCUCAAAGUCUCAAACUUCUCCGCCACCACCGCCAACUUCUCCGGAGUCUGGAGCGUCCAGAUGUCGGUCUCGAACGUCAACACGGAGCUGGACGUCCGAUUCGAGCGCGGGGUCUCGACCAUCGUCUACAAGGACUCCAUGCUGGGAAUGGCGCCGGUGGAGGCGUUUCAGGUGCGGAGAUCGCAGACAUUUGGGGUGAAUGUGACGGUGCCGUCGUUGAAGGAUCAGAGCUGGGUCCCGCCCACGCUGGCAGCGGAUCGGAGCGGCGGAUUGGUGGUGGUGAGCGUGAGGGUGGCGGUGGACACCAAUUUCACGGGGACGGAUGUGCUUUACAGACCGCAGAGGCUGAGGGUUCUGUGUGAGGAUUUGCCGGUCAGCUUUAAGUCGGCGAGCGGUGAGGGAACGAUGGGAUCCAGCUUUGGGAACAAUUGUUUCAUCCGCCUCCAAGAUUAG